AUGUCACCAUCCCCGUAUCUGCUCAGCCGAUUCACCACAAAUGUGCCGCUUCCGACUCUCUACGCCGGCGAUGCUGUUCGCAAGCCGAAGCUCUCCGUAAUCGAAGUGCUGCUCUAUAACAUGGCCUCCAUGCUAGCAGGCGUCGCAGCCGGCUAUGAUGUACGCAUGUCGAAUGUGUCGCCACUGCAUCCAUCGCUGCUGAGCGAGGUACCGGCCCUGAAGGCCAUACCCAAGGUGGCCGAAAUGGGCGAGAACGAGCUGCAGCCUGCGGUGGCAGACGACAGUGGCCAGGGAGCCGAGUGGUUGCCAAAGCCGCCAACCGCAGAUGUUCCACGUAAAUUUGCGGCCAACACCUAUCACGGCACGGGCAAGACGCAUCCACGGACUGCCUUGAGUGGCCUCACCUAUGCGCCCCUGGAACCAGCUCUAGAGAUGAUCGAGGCUCAGAAGCAGCAGCACCAGCAGUCUAUUUCGCGUCGAGGUGGGGGCAGCCAGCCAUAUUAUACGCCCGUGCAGCGCACACCACAGCACCAACUGCAUCAGCAAUCACAGGCGCAUCCACAGCCACCGCCGCUGCCACCGCCAAUUGCACAGCAACAGCCGUCGACAUUCUCCACAACCAGCGGGCUCGGCUCAUCAGCACUAUAUUCCAGCUCACUGGGUAGCCAGUGCCACACGCAGCCACCCACCCCUUCACCGCGCCGCAAGAUCAGCACAAGCUCAUUCCCAGAACAGUUGUCGUACUCGCCGUUUGGGGAGGGUAUCAAUGCGAGCAACGCUCAGGUCUUCGAAGAAUUGCACAUGGAUGGUGGAGUUGGUCCGCCACCCCUCUAUAUGCCUAGCGACUAUCCACGCAAUGGACCAAGCUAUUCAAACGAUGGUGGUGCCUAUGGCGCUGGCGCCCAUCGCACUGGCUACUUUGGUUCCAACUACUUUCCGUACCGGCCCGAGCUGAGUUACGUCUACGAGCGGGACUGCAAGUCGUAUCCGGACUACUCCUACGACUACUACAACUAUCAGUAUGAGAUGCCGGCGCCACCUGCUGUAGUGGCAGCUCCAGCGGCACAGGCGCGCACGCAGCUUCAAACGCGCACCCCGCCGCCACGGGUUCCCCAGAUGGGCGUGACUGCGGCGGGCCAUCGUCGCACGCCAUCGACUGUGUCGAACAAUUCGAAUAUACUGCUGGGCACCGGCUAUGCCAUAGAACCAGAGGAGCUGCUGACGUUGCCGGCGGAGCUGUAUGAUUACAACAACUUGAACUUGGACUACAAGCACGAGACGUACCGCGAGCCGGUGCCUGCCGUCGUACCGCCGCCAACUAAACAGGAACUGUACGCCAGUUCGCCCAAAAUUCUAAAUCGCUUGGCGGGCGGCAAUACCGGCGUAGUCACCGGCACCGGCACUGGCACUGGCACGAUCGUAAGCACAACCACAGCAACUAGCAGUCUGAGUCGGCUGCGUGAGUAUGAAACGAGCUUUGCGCUGGGCACGCCCACAAAUCCGACACCGCCAGAUUCGCUAACCAGUGACGACAGCUCCUAUUUGAGUGCCAAGGAGGGCUCCAUCUCGUCGCAGCAUAGUCGAGUGCGCUUCAGUCCCGAGGCCUAUUUGGACGCUGCACUGCCGCCGACCUCAUUAGGCCGUCGCAUGACAGCCCCUAUAACCAGCACUGUCGCGAGCGCAGCUCAGCAGCAACGACGCCAGAUGCACGCAUCGAGCGCACGACUAGCGCUGACGUUGCAGUUGGCGCGCAGUCCGGGCGCGGACGUCAGCGGCAGUCUGGGCCUGGGCCUGGCUUUGCAUCAGCAGCGAGUACCGUACCGCUGGUAUUCGGGAGCGCGACGUUCACGCUCUGCCCACUAUGAGUACAGGCUGUGA